AUGAAGAUAUCACCUGAUUCUUGGAAAGCUUUUCUAGAAUAUAAAAAAUAUUACGAUUAUCCAAACGAAACCGAAAAAACAGAUUACACAUAUUCAAGAUUGUCGAAAUUUCGACAUAAAGAAAUAAUUCCUGGGUUUUUAAUAAGACCUAACUUAUCACGUUCGUCUAUAUCGUCGAGAAGAUCAUCAUCAUUUGACAAUUUUCUCACCAAUCAGUCCUCUUUCAGUGACACAUAUUCAUACGAUUUUAAAAUAAACAGCUCAACUGAUGGAGAAAUAAAUAAUGAAUCUAAAGUAUCGAGUAAAACAAACGCAGGUUCUCGAUCAAAGUAUUAUUUAAGGUCCAGCAGUUACGGUGAUGCAGAUGUCGGAGAAAUAGAAACAAAACCAGUUUGUUACGAAAAAGAAUAUGUUAACGACUCGGCACCGGAAGUUACUUUUAGAAAAUCAGUUUCCUAUGCUUCAGAAGAAUUACCAUCGUCAAAAACAGGGAAUCAAGUAUCGUCUUCCCAAUUUUACGUGAACAACCUGAGAGCUUUGGAAUUGGACGACGAUGACAUAGAUGAAGUCGACGAUCAUUCGGUUAAAUAUGCAAAACGUAACAAGGGUGGUUCGUGGCACAGGAAGAAAUUGAAUCACCCCGUAGCGAGUCAUACGAAAGAUCUCUUUUCGAGAUAUAUAUUGAGAAGAAAGGAUGAUUAUUAUUCACCCGGCAGUUACAGAUAUUCCAGAAGUAUGGGUUCAUCAAUGUGGAAAGAUAAAAUGCCUUACUCUUCCGGUUAUUAUGCUGAUCGUUGUUACGAUUUGGAAGAAAGUUGGUAUCAAAGAUUUUCCUACUACGUUCAAGACAAAUUUUCAAAAUUUUCAAAUUUGCUAAUGGGGGGAAGUGGUUCAAGGUAUGCCGGUUACAAUAAUCAGGAGACGUCAUCGAAAUGGAAAAUCUGGUGGUUAUUAUUACCACUUUUGCUAUUGACCGGUUCUUUCUUGGGUUACAUCGAUUUCUUUUCUAAUCCAAAAGCCAUUUUGAAUACCAUGUACAAGUUCUUGUUGUUCUUUCCCCAAUUUAUUCAUUACACGUUCAUGGUAUUCAUUCCUCAGUUGAUAUUCGUUUUCAUACCGUAUUUUAUAUUGACCGCGAUACCGAAUUUCAUAACCGUGACGGUGCCGGCUUUUAUAAAAAAUUUAACUUCUUAUUUUUCGAACGCCAUCGUCCAUUUCUUUGCGAGUAUAUCGAUAAUGAAAAUUUGGAAUGCUUGUGCGUCAGCUCCCGGGGUAUUUUACGUUUGGUCAACGAAUUUAAUUUCCGGUUGGGGAAAAUAUUUAUUGAACGCCUCGAUAAACGCAAUAGAAUUAAGCUACGCUUUAACAUUGAAUUAUUUGAUGCUUUUUUAUUCAAACUUUUGUACGAGCAUGUUUCAAUGGUUGUUAAGAGUCAACGGUUACGUUUGGUAUACAUUUGAUAUUUUGUACCAUUCACAAAAACCGGUUGAUACAAAAAAGAAUGAUCUCGCGUUGCUUUGUUUCAAAAAAUAA